CAGGGUCUCUAACUUUUUCAAAAGAAAAUAAGACGCAUUCUUUUGUUUGCUUUAGAGUAGAGGCAUCUUCAAUGUCAGAUCUAGUUUUAGGCUUUGGAAAGAUUAGUUGUUGUGUUUGAUUACUGGUAAGCAUUUCAUAUCUCUCCGUGCUUGAAUUUUUCAACUUGGAGAAAUCUCCAAUUGUACGGCGCUUCAAUCGCUGCGUAGGCUUUGAUCGGAAUCUCCAAGGUGUGUAGUCCCGGCGUCUCGGAAGUGCGUCUGAUAUCUAGAGUUCGACUACUACUCCUCCAAGACUGUGCAACCCUCCCAAAAAGCUGAUAUCUUCACAAAUGGAAAGUCCGCCUGAGGUUGUAGAUUCUUUCUCUGCUGGCACCAGAGAGAGAGUAAAGGAUCCAAGUUUGGAGCAAAAGCUUAGCCAGGUUGCAGAUGAGCAUGGGAUUUUGCCUUACCAUUUGAAAAGGUUAUUUCUGUAUUGUUCACUCUUUCCCUUUGGUUAUGAAUUUAGAAAAGAUGAGUUGGUUCAGUUAUGGAUAGCUGAAGGCUUUAUUAGAGAGAGGUAUGGGGAGAGAAUGGAAGAUACUGCUGGCGAGCAUUUCAAUUCCUUGGAGAAGGAAGGCUUCUUUGUGUUUUCAAGAUGUGAUUUCACUGUGGAUUUUGAUUCAGUGCUCUGGGCUCCCGCGGAUAAUCCCAGCAACUUCUUGUACAAAGUAAAUCCUAUCAAGCAUUCAUUAUUGGAAGAUACCAUUUCUUCAGGUAAUUAUUUCAAAUCAGUGGAUGGUAAGUUAGAUGGAGCCUCUAAAAUGACUAGACAUUUGUCUUUGAUUGGUGAGGAUAUGGAUGGGAUGGCUUUUGGGAUCCUUCAAAACUUUAAGCAUUUGCGCACACUGCAUAUGCUCUCUUGUCGUGGAUCUUCUAUGAAACACGUCCCUCGUGAUUUGUGUUUCACCUUAACGUUCUUGAAAACCUUAAAUUUGAGUGGGACAUUGAUUUCUGAGCUGCCGAGUUCCAUUGGAAAUGUAAAAUCAUUACGUUAUGUGGAUGCCUCACGUACACCUAUUUCACGGUUACCCGAAUCAAUAGAUUCUCUUUACAAUUUACAAACCAUUAAGCUCAGAGGCUGCUUUCACUUUGUUCAGUUGCCAAAAGGAACGAAGAAGCUAAAAAAGCUCAGGCAUAUUGAUCUUGACAUCAUUCGGCAAUUGGAUUCCAUGCCUGCACACCUGGGGAGCUUGAGUAAUCUUCAAACUUUGCCAGCAUUUCUUGUUGGUAGAGAUGAUGGGUGCCGUGUUGGUGAAUUGAAAAAUUUGAAUGAUCUUAAAGGGUCAUUUAACAUUUCAAGGCUUGAAAACGUGUUGAGUGAAGAAGAAGCUGAGGAAGCUGCCUUGAUUGAAAAGAAAUGUAUCCACAGGUUGGAGCUUCGAUGGAGUGAUAUGUUUGUCGAGUAUUCUCAGCAAGAGAAAAUACUAGAAUGUCUUCAACCCCAUUCUGGCCUUAAAGAGUUACAAAUACAACAGUACAGUGGGUCCAUACUUCCAACUUGGAUUAGCAAUCCCUCUUUCAUUGACCUUGUUGUCAUUACCCUCCACAGAUGCAGAAAUUGUAAACUUCUGCCAUGUAUGGGACAAUUACCAGCACUCAAGUCUCUUUCUAUUAUAGAGGUGAAUGAGGUGAAAGAAAUUAAUCAUCAAUUCUUCAGAAAAGGCCUAGUUGAUCAUGCAUUUCCAAAACUUGAGAUACUAGAAGUUGACAGCAUGCUCAGUUUGAAACGGUGGAAGGAUGUACAAGUAGGUGACUUACCUUCCCUAGUGAAACUCACUCUGGACUCUUGCCCAGAACUUGUCACACUUCCUGCACUUUUGUGCCUCAAAUCCCUCAAGCACUUGGAGCUCAGGUGCUGCCCAAAGCUUAUGGCCUUGCCCACUGGUGGACUACCAACUUCACUUGAGUUUUUCUUGCUAUUGGAUUGCCUCGAACUGAAAAUAUGGUGCUUGAAGAUUGAACAUUGGAGCAUGUUAUGUCAUGUGCCCAGCAUAUGGUUUGAUCAUGAAGAGAUAAAGGGACGCUGUGGAAUGACAGACCAGUUGGCCUUAGCACGGGUCGGAGCUGUGGCUGCAGAAGCCCGAACCUAUACUCGGAUUUCAACUGAAUAUUCAUCCUCUUUGUCAGCAGCACCUGCCCCAUCUCUGCCACAGCUUCCAGCCUUUAAUUCUAGGACAAUGGAACCCCAGGAUAUGCCAUCAAAAGUGCUCCACAGUGUGAAAGUUGUGUUGAAGGUGGACUUGCUCGACGUGAAGUCUGAGAAGAAAGUCCUGAGGGCAGUCACAGGGCUCAAAGGGGUUGGCUCGGCGUCGUUAGACCUAAAGGACAAGAAGCUGACAGUGAUAGGGGACGUAGAUCCAGUGAAGUUGGUGAGCAAGUUGAGGAAGCUAUGCCACGCUGAGUUAUUGUCGGUGGGACCAGUAAAAGAGCAAAAGAAGAAGGAAGAGCCAAAGAAGGAGGAACCCCAAAAGGAAGGGGAGAAGAAGAAUGAUCCAAAAGAUGAAGUGGCUGAGCUUUUGAAGGCCUACAGUUCAUACAACCCACCAACGAGUACGUCUUAUUAUGUGAGAAAUGUGGAUGAGGAUCCCAAUGCCUGUGUCAUCUGCUAAUCUAAGGGUUAAGAAAAGAUUAAAGCCAAGAUGAAUAAUGGUUCAGAUGGAUAAUUUUGAUAUUGUUCUAAGAAGAGAGAAGCCAUAUUGUACAGUAGAGGUGAUUUUGUAUUAUUAAUAUUUGAAUAAUGGUUCAGAUGGAUAAUUUUGAUAUUGUUCUAAGAAGAGAGAAGCCAUAUUGUACAGUAGAGGUGAUUUUGUAUUAUUAAUAUUUUUUUCCUAUAGAAAAGGCCAGGGCUGUAUUUUUGGGUUUGUUUUAAUAGUUCUACAAGGAAUUCAUCUUAACAUUUGGUAUUGUUAAAUUUAUUUGCGCUGUUUAA